AUGGUCUAUCAUUUGCAAAAUAACUUAAAGUCGGCACAUUCAACAUAUGAAUCCAAAGUAAUUAUUCACGUGACUACUCUGAGGCGUGACUUUUGGGGUUGGAGCGUAUUUUUUGCGCCACUUUCCUCUCCUCCUCCCCCUUCGCCUGUAACCACCACCAACACUACCACUAGCACUACUUUUGUUACCGUCACUACCGCCGCACUACAAACCAACAGCGACCACCACCAACCACAACAGAAACAUUCACAAUCAAGACAAAAAAAAAAGAACAACGAAACCGGAAAAAGAAAAGCGAAAGCAAAAGGAGAAAGAAAGAAGAAAAUCUCUCAGGAAGAAAGAAAAAAAAACUCAACGAAAAACAAAAUACAAAUCAUCAUCAAAAGAUUAUAUAUCACAACUUCCAAUAAUAAAAAUCGAAUUUCAUCAUAUACAACACUUCAAAACUCAUACUACCUUUUACCCACCUUCAUCAAACUUAAAAGAAGACUCAUUUUCAUCCAUCUACCAACUAUAAAAGACGAUCAAAACUUGCUUGUUUUCAAUAAGAUUAUUUGUUUCCCCCCCCAUUUUUUGUCCUUGUAUUGUGUUUUUCUUUUUGGUUUCAUAAUUUUAAUCAGAUUGAAUUACAAUAAAAAGUGA